GACUGAUGACAUCAUCCUCAGAUCAUGUCUCUUCCCUCUGCCACCAUCGAAUUCGCCCACCGUAUGUUCGACGCUGCCAGAAACGGCGACGCCUCCGUCCUCGUUCCAGCCAUCAACGCGGGAUUACCACCCAACCUCACUAAUCCUGACGGAAACACCCUCCUCAUGCUCGCCGCGUACGCAGGCCACCACGCCCUCGCCAAGGAGCUCAUAUCCCUUGGAGCUGAUCCCAACCGUCUGAACGAUCGUGGGCAGAGUAUAGUUGCUGGUGCGGUGUUUAAAGGUCAUGGAGACACGGUGAAAGUGCUGGUAGAUGCUGGAGCGGAUCCAAGAGCGGGGAAACCGACGGCGAUUGAGGCGGCUUAUAUGUUUGGGAGGAAGGAUUUGAUGGAGGUAUUGGGCGCAAAGGACGGUGAUAUCAGUGAAGAUGUUCCACGGCCGGUCGCUGAGUUGUCUUAGUUCGCAGAGUGCCUUAGAGUACAGCUGGGCUUUGGGAUGGAGUACGAGUCUCUGGGAACUAUAAUUGUUUUACAAUGACGAGGAAUUGUAGUUGAAGGCACAGGGGAAAAGACCUGUACAAACUUGUGGGUAAGAGCACCAUGUUUUUGGAUACCACAUGAAGCUGUUUCAAGACUUCUUUGUAGCAGUCGUUUGUUACUUGCACGUAUAGCUUUGUCAUAAACUGAGCUUCGACAUGAAUUUAUAGCAGCUUAUAGCCAAUCAAUUUAUCGUUGUGACAGUCUAUUGUGGCUCAGUGGAUGGCGAAGAAGGAUCGAGCUUCACCAUAC